UUCAAAAUGACUGGCAAUUCUGUUUUAAGCGUUUUUAUUUUGUGUUUUCUGUAUAUAUCAGUCUCUCUGGGUAUCCAAUCUUUUCAGAUAAAUACAGAAAAAGCCGUUUCCACCGUAGAUAAACGGUUUCUUUCCAUCGCUAUUGACACAAACUUACUAAGGCAUGACUGGUACGGUUUGAAAGUCUGCGACAAGCUCACAACUCUUGCGAAAGGAUUACAGCCUGCGUAUCUACGAAUUGGUGGAACAGCUGCAGAUUUCUUGACAUUCGACAAUAACGGCUCAAAUCAAAAAUUAAGUCAUGGAGACGAAGGAUUCUUUGACGAUCCCGCGAUGGAAGAAAACUUAGACAGUGAAAUGAACUUCACUAUCUCAAAAACUGAUUUGGAUAAAGUUCAUGAGAUUGCGUCCAAGGGAGGCUGGGAUGUAGUCUUUGAUUUAAAUGUACUAAAAAGAAGUAAAAAUGGCUCGUGGGAUCCAACCAAUCCACUUGAGAUCAUGCACUACGUUAGAGAGAAAGGAUAUAACUUUGCUUGGCAGCUUGGAAAUGAGCCCAAUCAUUUGAGCAAAUUCGGGAGAAACAUGACAGCUCCUCAACUUGGAAAGGAUUUCAGUAAAUUAAGAGAAAUACUUCACAAUGAUCCAUCACUUGGAACAAUAAUUGUUGGACCAGACGCCAACGCACUAGAAGAUCAGACAGCGAAGGACUACCUAAAAGAGUUUCUAGAAAGUGGCGGAGAUGUUGUUAAUGCGGUUACUUGGCAUCAUUAUUACGUAAACGGCCGAACUGCUAAGAUUGAAGACUUCUACAAGGCAACUAUACUUGAUGGUCUAGUGGCGCAGUUGAAGGAAGUCAGCGACAUCGUCGUUUCCACGACCCCUCCAAACACUAAACCUUGGAUAGGCGAAACAAGUAGUGCAUAUGGCGGGGGUGCGCGUGGCUUGUCUGACAGAUAUGUCGCUGGAUUUAUGUGGCUCGAUAAGCUUGGACUUUCAGCUCGUUURAACGAAGAUAUCGUCAUCAGACAGACCYUMUUUGGUGGUCGAUAUGCUCUGCUCGAUUYUGACAUGAACCCCAACCCUGAUUACUGGCUAUCGGUGUUGUAUAAACGUCUUGUGGGUACUGAAGUGCUGGAGGUGGAUAAAGGUCUGGAGAGCGGAAGAGUUCUCAGGGUGUAUGCUCAUUGUACGAACCACUACCUUAGUCACUACAGCCCUGGUGCAAUUACAGUUAUGGCAAUGAACAUCGACCCGUCAAAAGAAGCAACGUUCUGCCUUACAGAGGGCUUACAAGGAUUAAAAGUCGACCAAUAUCUACUAACCCCCUCUAACGGAGAACCUACAUCACAAUUCGUUUCGCUAAAUGGUAAAGUUCUAAAACUCGUUGACGACAAGACGCUACCAAGUCUCGAACCAAAGCAAAUAACUUCUGAUCGCAUCUCCAUUCCUCCUCUGGCAAUGGGAUUCUUCGUUGUCCCUCAGGCUAACGCUACUGCUUGCAUGGACACAUAUGUGAAACACUAACUUGAAAUUACCAAUGAAAUAUCGACUGAAAUGAUUCGCACUGAUAAAAAGGAGUCUCUUCUGUUGUAGUUCGAUAGUUUCUUUCCAAAAAAGCAAAAAUACCCAGUUUCUUUCCAAGUGAGCAGAAAUGACGAUUAAUAAAGUAUUUCAGUCGCAGACUUCCAGAUGUUAUCAGUGUCACCCUCUGGCUUUCUUCUAUAAGGAGAAAUAGCUCAGCGUCACCGCUCAGAUAACAGCUGGGAUAGAGGUUUAGUUAUAGUGAACUAACAAAAAAAUCACUGUUUCAAUUCAUAAUAAAGACAUGGUGAUUUAUUGAAGUGAGAGAAUAUUUUUCAAAAAUAUAGUUUCCUAUUUGCUAUUGACAUCAUAAUACAAAAAAUUAAAACACGAGUUACAAUGAAAUAAUUUAGGCUAUAUAUAAUGUAUCUAUGUAUAUCUACGGUUUUUGGAUGUAAUAAUAAAUUUGUGUUGAAUUUAA